AGUGUUAAUGUAUUAACACAUUGACAACAACUCUCCGGAUGUCCAGGAUGUCCUAGCGUUGAAUGACUGUGCUGAGUCGCGGACAAGACGCAUUCCGUCAGGAUUCCUUCACGAUCAUCCUGAGAGGCAGCAGCAGCAGAUGCAGCGAAGAGCAGCAAUGGUUGAGUCAGCCAGAACCGCAGUGGAGCCGCACUGAGGCAAAGCAAGUUAUACCCCCCCUGUCUGGGGACUAGCACAAGAAAUAGGGGGAGAAGAAGAAGAGAGGAGAAGGAAAUUGUAUACUGCCUAAACCUGAAUGCCGCCUGUUCAAUCAGAUUAACCGGGAAACCCGGAAUUCCACAACUCCUGCUGCAACAGAGCUCCCGAAUUCGAGCUACAAGAUGACCGUAGUGGCAGGAGAUAACAUGGACGAGACCGUGGCAGUGCCGGGGCACCCGCAGGACUCGUACCCCCCCGACCACGAAGACCACGACUGCUGCGAGAGGGUGGUCAUCAACAUAGCGGGGAUGCGGUUCGAGACACAACUCAAAACUCUCUCCCAGUUCCCCGAGACAUUGCUAGGCAACCCCAAGAAGAGGAUGCGCUACUUUGACCACCUGAGAAACGAGUAUUUCUUUGAUAGAAACCGCCCCAGUUUCGAUGCCAUCCUCUACUAUUACCAGUCCGGGGGUAGGCUGAGAAGGCCCGUCAACGUCCCGUUGGAUAUGUUCUCGGAAGAGAUAAAGUUUUAUGAGUUGGGAGUGGAUGCCAUGGAGAAAUUCCGUGAGGAUGAGGGCUUCGUCAGAGAGGAAGAACGUCCUUUACCUGAGAAGGAGUUCCAGCGUCAGAUCUGGCUGCUUUUUGAGCACCCAGAGAGCUCCGGUCCAGCCAGAGGGAUUGCUAUAGUAUCUGUUAUGGUCAUUCUGAUUUCUAUAGUCAUCUUUUGUUUAGAGACUUUACCUGACUUGAAAGAAGACCCCAGGGGUCGGUUUAAGACUGUAGGGAACCAUACUUUUUACUACAAACCAAACAUCCUAACCGAUCCCUUCUUCAUUAUUGAAACUCUUUGCAUUAUCUGGUUCUCGUUUGAGUUGUUAGUGCGUUUUUUUGCGUGUCCAAGUAAGGCGGUCUUCUCCAAAAACAUGAUGAACAUUAUUGAUAUAGUGGCUAUCAUUCCUUACUUCAUCACACUGGGAACAGAGCUGGCUGAGGACCCCGAAGACCAGGACGAGGGCAUGGGGGAGCAGGCAACAUCUCUGGCCAUCCUCAGGGUGAUCCGUUUGGUCAGAGUGUUUAGAAUCUUCAAGUUGUCACGACACUCCAAAGGAUUGCAGAUCCUGGGACAGACCCUCAAGGCCAGUAUGCGCGAGCUCGGAUUGCUGAUCUUCUUCCUCUUCAUUGGAGUCAUCCUGUUCUCCAGCGCGGUGUAUUUCGCAGAAGCAGAGGAGAAAGGGUCGCACUUCGGCAGCAUCCCAGAAGCCUUCUGGUGGGCCGUGGUAUCUAUGACAACUGUGGGCUAUGGGGACAUGGUGCCUGUCACUAUAGGGGGUAAGAUAGUGGGCUCCCUUUGCGCCAUAGCUGGUGUGUUGACGAUUGCACUCCCAGUGCCUGUCAUUGUGUCCAACUUCAACUACUUCUACCACAGGGAGACCGAGGGAGAGGAGCAGGCCCAACUCUUAAACGUUAGUGAACCAAACAUUAGUGAAAGCAAUUCUAGUCGCCGUAGCUCGUCCACUGUCAGCAAAUCAGAGUACAUGGAGAUUGAUGGAGAUAUAAAUAAUAGCAUCGACAACUUUAGAGAGGCAAACCUCAGAACUGGCAAUUGCACUAUAGCCAACCAAAACUGUGUAAAUAAAAGCAAGCUGCUCACAGAUGUGUAGAAUUAGACACCACGGGACUUAAAUGAUGCCGUCACAUGUUAACUGCACUAGACCAUCAGGUCUGAAAGCUUCAUUCGCCUCCUAUAAGCGUUCUAGCAUUACAACAACCAUGCGCAGCAAUUUGAAAGUAAUUAUUACAGGGGGGAAAGAAAAUGAAGCUGUUACUAGAGAAUAUAACAUAUAGAUAGAGUAAAUUAAUUAUUCUAAAAUGAUCCUUUAAAUAAGUAUUGAAAAAGAAAAAAGAAACAACUUCUAUUUAACAAGCAAAUGCGGGCGUCCUUGGAGGAACACUAAUCAACAGCACUCAUGAGGACAUAUCUGUCUUUAUCAGACGAAGCCAGGCGUCGUAAUUAAAAUGUAAUGCAUGGAUUACAGAUAACAUUUCAGCAAGUUGCACAAUGCAUCAAGGAGAAAAUGCAUCAGAAAUAUGCUCUGCUGCCUGCAGAGAGAGAGAGAGAGAGAGAGACGCAAGUCAGCAUCUGUAGCAGUCAGACAGACAGUGGUUGGAUCGAGCGACGCCUCGCCCGAAGUCAGAGAGGCUACUCCUCUACCCCUCUGUCAUCAAAGGAUUUACUAUCCAGCAAAGCGCCCAGGAAAAAGACUGAUCGCUGAUCUCCUGGUUUGGAUGAUGACGAGGAGGAUCUAGGAUACGGACAUCCGCAAUGCUGCUAUUUUCCAGCAGUAAGAUGCUGUAAUUAUGAUAUCACUAAGUGAUUCAAUGGGAUUUUAGCCCUUUAAAUGCAAGACAGCACAAUUAUAUAACAAAAGAGCUUCACAUGAGCAUGUUUAGAAACUCUCCAUACAUGUUGAUAUUGGCAUGCGUGAUGAUGAGACAUAACCUCAUAAUAAUGGAGAAAAAAAUAUUUUGGAUAUUUGCAUCCUAUGCCUUCAUUCGAUUCUUCCACCCAUUUAUGCUUUUGUUUCACUGAGAGUGCAGUACUGGUUUCAAAUAGGUUUUUCAUUUCAAAAUGCUAAUCGUUUAGAAGUAUCUAGGGAGUGAAUGUUAAAAAUCGUAAGGGAAACAGUAACUAAACUAAGAUCAUAGCAUGAGAAAAAUCAACCUGCAUUACGGCCUAUCGACUAGAUACUGUGUAUACUAGUAUAUCUAAUGCAUGACGUCAGUAUUCAGCUUGUUGCAGUUACAGACACUGAAUAGUGUCUCAUACUGUCAUGGAAACGAAACGUGGGUAAUUUAAAAAAACAAAAAUCCCUGAAACGUUUCUGAAAUGUGACUAAAUACAGUAUAUCCAAACCCAACUCCGGGGUUCAGACUUAAAACGUUCUCGAUCAAAGAAGCAUAAUAAAUACCUAUUAUCAAAAAUGCAUAUUCUCCUAAAUACGCAACAAGUAUUACAGUAUUACUUCAAUAGUGCAGUGCAUGGACCUUCUUUGAACAAAGAAAAAGUAAACAUAUUAUGAGUCAUGUCUUCCAUUUCACCACUAAAUUUAGGGACGUUUGUUUAUUUUCACAAACAAAACAAACGAAAUUGCUCUAAUUUGAAUGAAAUUAACGUUUGUUUAAUAAAUACUGCAAAUCAUUAUUUUGCACUUUAGUUGCUAGUGCCUUUACCCCUCUCACCAUGCAACAGGUUCAGUGAAAGUGCCUCUGUGUAUAUAGCCUACAACAUAAAUACAUGUUGAACAGAUCAGGUGCAAAAGAUCUUGUUUCCGCAAUAUGCUGUUAUAAAUGCUGUUAUUAAUGCUGUUAUUGAUGUGGAUGAUGAUGAUGGUUAUUAAUACAGUGAGAGAAUGUUCAGUGAAAACAACCAUGGAAGUCCAUUACCAACAUGACCCAGGAUUGAGUUUACCCAAGAUUCUAGAACAAGAUUCUAGAACAACUCAACAUUGUUGUCCUCAUGAUGCACUUAUGCUCUUACUGGAACCAACCAUCCUCCUGUGCUUUAUGUUUCUCUUCACCCAUGCACCACUUCAAAUCCAAAGGGAAUAUCCAUUGCUUUGCAUUGCAUUGUUGCUAUUGAUUUAUGUGCCAUAAGUCUUGCGUGUCUACCUCAGUGAGGUUACUGCAGAACUCACUGCAGAACUGAAGCCAGACUCCUAGCCAGGCAGAGCUGCAAAGCAGGCUAUAUCGAUGCAGAGCAGAGCGUACUUCUUCCACAACAUGAAAAAUUGCCUUUUAGUGGACUAGGCUGUGGUCAUCAGCAUCUGGGCCUGCACUUACAAAGUGCCUCAGAGUAGGAGUGCAGAUCUAAGAUCAGGUCUCCCAAUGUCCAUGUAAUCUUAUUCAUUCUGAUCUAAAAGGCUAAUCUGAUCCUAGAGCUGCGCUCCUACUCUGAGACACUUUGUGAUUACAGGCCCAGAUGCUGAAUUGUUAGAAGCACUUAAAAUAUACUCUAGCACCCUUAACCCUAUCCCUUUUCCUUCCAAGCUAUGCAUAGUCAAAAAAGAAAAGAAACAAACAUUUCUAUACAGAUGUAGGAUCUUAAUUUGAUCCAUCUUUUGUUGAUGAUAAUUUUCCUGCAUGGCAGGAAAUGCAAACUUGUGGUGUAUUCAAGGUUUAAAAAGGCUUUUAAAGUUAGUAAUUUCUGCUUUAAAAAUGUCAGAUUUGAUUUUCCCUAAUGUAAAAUGUAUCAACCCUUACAAAAAAUGCCAAUUAAUUAUAAUCCACAUUUCCUGUUGCUGCAAAAUUAUUUCCUGCUGUAGAAAACUAGCUCAAAUUAAGAUCCUACAUCUGUAGUAGCAGAGUAGACCAGAGCAUAAUGAUAUAGACUGGCUGAUUCUCGAAAAACAUGUUAAUACAAGUGGUUUGGUUUCAAAUCAAAUCAAAUUGUAUUGGUCACGUACACAUAUUUAGCAAACGUUAUCGCAGAUGCACCGAAAUGUUUAUGUUUCUAUCGCCAACAGUGCAAUAUUACCUAGCAAUGGUGUGUAUAGACAGUAUGGACAGUAUAUGAAUAGAAAAGGUGUGUUCAGCAGUAGUUAUACAGAAUGGUGUGUACAGACAUGAUUAAAGUGACCAGUGUUCCAUGACUAUGUAGAUAGGGCAGCAGUUUCUGAGGUGCAGGGUAACCAUUUGGAUUCUUUGGUGUGACAGUUGAGAACCAAUGCAGGUUUGAUACUAUUACGCAGUGGUGGAAAAUGUACCCAGUAGUCAUACUUGAGUAAAAGUCAAGAAACCUUAACAGGAAAUGACUCAAGCAAAAGUGAAAGUCACCCAAUAAAAUAAUACUUGAGUAAAAGUCUGAAACUAUUUGGUUAUAAAUGUACUUAAGUAUCAAAAGUAAAAGUAUAAACAAUUAAAAAUCACUUAUAUUAAGCAAACCAGAUGGCACAAUUGUUCAUGUUUUUUUUUAAUUUACAGAUAGCCAACACUCAGACAUCAUUCAGAAACAAAGCAUUUGUGUUUAGUGAUUUCGCCAGGUCAAAGGCAGUCGAGAUGACUUAAGGAUGUUCCCUUAAGAAGUACGUGAAUUGGAACCUUUCUUGUCCUGCUAAGCAUUCAAAAUGUAACGAGUACUUUUGGGUGUCAGGGAAAAUGUAUGUAAAAAGUACAUCAUUUUCUUUAGGAAUGUAGUGAAGUUAAAGUAGUCCAAAAAUAUAAAUAGUAAAUUAAAGUACAGAUACCCCCCCCCCAAAAACGACUUUAAGUAGUAAUUUACACCACUGCUAUGACGUCAUAGAACUAUCCUGUCCAAUUAUAUCGGUGAUUGCCUGAAAAGUGUGCCACACUUCAUUGAUGAGAAAUGCCCAUUCUAGUAAUUAUAUUUCUGUGUGUAUCUGUCGCAGAAGGACAAUGAAGUACCCAGGGAGUUUUAAGUCCAACUUUUUUUUUCCACCCUGGGCAUUAUAAGCAAAUUAUAAAAGGCUCCACAGUCUUUGCUAGUUCAAUUUGCUCAAUAUCUACAUAUUGUAUUUCAUCAUUGUGUCUUCCAGCUUUCAGCAAAGCUUACGGAUGCUUUGUGAAUGCUGUUAUGUUGUUUAAGCAACAUUUUGGCUGUCAUAAUCCAAAUCCAUUUAGAAUCAAGGCAUGACACUGAUAUCACUCCAGGAAAUGUUUGUGCCACUGAAGUCGAGGGAUGACACACAACAGACGUAAUGACGCCCACACAUCAACAUAGCUAAAGAUUUAUGACUGGAUGUUACCUGGAGGAAAAGGACUGGACCGUGUUUCCUUUCGGGUCUCCACGACAGUGUGACAAGGGUCUUAGUGGACUAACAGCAAGCUGGCAAAGCAGGCUAAUGUACACAUUGUUUGGCGAAAAGGCUGCAUACUUAGAAUGUGUCUGUCUAGCAGAGAGCCUUCGUAGAUGUCACUUCAGUUCACAUAUCAGUUCAAUAUAUACAACAAGUGUUACUUCUGUGUCAGGGAUUUUCAGGGUUUCUGACCAAGAGAAUGUCAUCACGUCUUAAGAACAGACACGGAAUCUCACAAAUACAGCCAAUACAAAGUGGCUAUCCCAUCUCAAGUUUCAAGUGUCAAUGUUUAUCUGCCACUUUGACAAGAUACAACCGCUGUAAAACAGUAUAGUAAAAUUCUCACCUUGAGAGCAAUUUCCCAAUAACACGGUGAUAAUAAUAAUAGACACAGUAGAUACUAAUAGAAUGAAACAUUUAGAUAAUAAUCCACACAAGAUCUACGAUGUGAGUUAAAGAAACAAGAGAAUGAAAGUAUAUACAGGCCACUGCCAAUACCUUAUUCAAUGUGCAGGGGUACUGGAGUGGUUGAAGUGGGUUUAUACAUAAAAAGUAUAUCUACCAUGUACAGUAGCUAGCUGACCAUCAGGUAAAUGAUAUGUUUUUACCAUAUGUGGUUUCUCUUAUGACCCAGAAGAGUGGUUGGACAAAAUAUGUCCUGUUCCACCAAAUACCCAUGAUGCAACAGUUCACAGUGAGGUUGAGGGCCGUCACUAGUUACCCCAGCCACAUAGUCAUAAGUAUGGCUAAACCUUUGAAUUUGUGGCUGUGGUAGCUAGUGACAUCCAAGUUUGAGGGAACCCAUGCGAAACCCCUCACGUCACGAUACCAGUACAUCUGUUGCUCUUGCCGUGAGGGAAAUCUAUGCAUGGUGCUAUGCAUUUAACUAUUCUAUAAAAAAACAAUAAAAAACAAUGCAUUCUUAUAGCAAUAGAAUUACAGGUACCUGUUUCUUAGAAACUUUUGUAAAAUAAGAUAUUCAUUCAUCUAUUUUAAAAAGAUAUGGAGAAGACAGAUGGUCUCGAUCUCUUUACCGAUAUUUACAACAUGGCUGUCUGUGUAUGUUGUUUGUUGUAUUCUUUGAUUUCAUGAAGGUCAGUGGGGUCAAAGGUUAAAGAUCAAAGUUAACAUCUGGGUCAUGUUCAUUAGGGAAAACUUUAAAAAAACAUUUUGCAACAAGAACAUUUUGAGUUUCUUAUUGGACAGAGAGUCAAUCCCCAGUCAAUCUCCCCAUUUCACUCCGGGUUUAGAGCGGUUUAUUCUAUUUGGUGCCUAAUGAACAUGACCCUGUCCUAACACUAAGCAUAGAAAACCUAUGAAAUGGCCAAAUAUAGGUAUUGUACAGUGGCCAUCCAAUCCCCGUCAACCUCAUAGGUUUACCUGGAGUAGUUUUCCAGCAAGGAAGUUGUGUUGACAAACAGAGCAAAGUAGCUGGUAGCACCCUCCCACAGGAUUGAAGGGCUGUGUAUUUAGUGUGAAUUUAGUGUGAACGAGAGUCUGAGAUGGUGCCUAUAUAGGUUUGUUUGUAUAAUGUAUGCUAUUCAAAAGAACAACGAGGGAGGUUUAUUAAAAAUACCAUUCAGAGAAACUCAAGUAAAAGUAAACUAUAUCUAAAACGAAGAAAGAAACACUGUCAAAUAGAGUAUUGCAAGCAACUUUAUAGAGCAACAUGUCAAAACCAAUCAUAUCUAUGUUUUUUAUUGUGUAUCUUAUAUUUAGUUUUCUUUGUCACUACACUACUAUUGAUUCCCACUGGGCACAGACGUCAAUUCAAGGUCUAUUCUACAUUGGUUCAAAGUCAUUUCAUUGAACGGACGUGGAAACAAUGAUGAUUCAACCAGUGGGUGCCCAGUGGAUUGCAUUUAGGAAGAACAUGACAGAAUAUCCUGAAAUAUCAAAGACAAUAAUAACGUGUUCCGUUGCCAAGCCAUGAUGAUUAAACUGAAGUACUAUUGUUAUUAAUUUACUGCACUGACAAUUCACUGCACUGACAAUUCACUAUGCUGACAAUUUACUGUACUGUCAAUUUACUGUACUGACAAUUUACUGCACUGACAAUUCACUAUACUGUCAAUUUACUGCACUGACAAUUCACUAUACUGUCAAUUUACUGUACUGACAAUUUACUGUACUGUCAAUUUACUGCACUGACAAUUCACUAUACUGUCAAUUUACUGCACUGACAAUUCACUAUACUGUCAAUUUACUGUACUGACAAUUUACUGUACUGUCAAUUUACUGCACUGACAAUUCACUAUACUGUCAAUUUACUGCACUGACAAUUCACUAUACUGUCAAUUUACUGUACUGACAAUUCACUGCACUGACAAUUCACUAUACUGACAAUUUACUGUACUGUCAAUUUACUGUACUGACAAUUUACUGUACUGUCAAUUUACUGCACUGACAAUUCACUAUACUGUCAAUUUACUGCACUGACAAUUCACAAUACUGUCAAUUUACUGCACUGACAAUUCACUAUACUGUCAAUUUACUGUACUGACAAUUUACUGUACUGACAAUUUACUGUACUGUCAAUUUACUGUACUGACAAUUUACUGUACUGUCAAUUUACUGUACUAUCAAUUUACUAUACUGACAAUUUACUGUACUGUCAAUUUACUGUACUGACAAUUUACUGUACUGACAAUUCACUAUACUGUCAAUUUACUGUACUGACAAUUUACUGUACUGACAAUUUACUGUACUGACAAUUUACUGUACUGUCAAUUUACUGUACUGACAAUUCACUGCACUGACAAUUCACUCUACUGUCAAUUUACUGUACUGACAAUUCACUGUACUGUCAAUUUACUGUACUGACAAUUUACUGUACUGUCAAUUUACUGUACUGACAAUUUACUGUACCGGACAACAAACUACUGUGUUAGCAUCAAGAUGUAUGGAUAGUCUUUUAAAUUAAUUUAAAGAAACACGGGAAAACCCAUCCAAACAAACCACACCAUUUAAGAGAGUUUACAAACUUCCAUCACUGAAAACCAACUGAUAAUGUAUAGAUAAUGAAUACAUAUCUCUAUGGCAACCAGAAACUGCAUGGUUAACAGAAGACUGCAUGAGCUUUAAAACCUUUCCAAACAGUAGAUCAAUUAUAAUAGCGGUUGCAUCUUUUAAAGAAAACCCUUGCUUUCAUCUAAACCAAAGGCUUCUAUAUCAAACAUUUUCCUAUAUUUUGAAUGUAUUUUAGACAUUUUUUAUUGUAUGCUAAAGAAACGUUUUUAUCUCAGACCAGACGUGCGUUCUAAUUGGUGCGUGCUACAGUAUGGCAACACUAUGUACUGAAUCUGAUCAGUUCUGAUGUAAGUGUUAACAUCACUCCAUGUUCAAACUAGCCUGGUCUCAGAUCUGUUUGCGCUGUCUUGCCAACUAUAUGCUCAUUGUCAGGCCAAACACGGCGAAUUACCAAUGACAACAAUCAUGGGAGUUGGCUAUACAGCACAAACAAACCAGUGACCAAGCUUUACGUUCAAACCUCUCUUUACUAACAUGCUGAGCGAGCGUUACAAAAUAAAUGUACACAUACAUGUUAUUCAAUCAUUGCAGACACACUGCACACACGCGUCAACGAGCGUCUGCGUAGCCAGGCGCUAAAAUAGAUCUUGGUUCCAUUUGUGACGCUUUGAUGCGCUGCAAGUCCCGCCUCUACCAUCUUCUCAUUGGUAUUUAGAAUCAUAUACCCACGUGGGUGAUUGAAAGAUGAACUGAGGUCCACACUCCAGUCGGUGGUGGUAAUGCACCUUAAAGUUGGUUGCCAACCCCCAUAUAAAGUCCAAAGAAGAAUAAGAAGCCUGAAGGAGGAGAGAUUAGUAGAAACAAACUCGGUUGACCGUUUUAUCUGUGGAUCCAUUGUCUGAGUAGAGGACCUUGCGCAUUUCAGGUAAAAUAACAACCAAAUGUUUAUAUCCCAGGACAAAUGAUCUAGCAACAGCAAGCUAGCUAAAUUGGCAUAUAUGUUUAAUGCUUUUCGACAUGUCCCCAAAAAUGAUGUCGUUGGUUCAGAAUUCGUUUUGAUAUUUCAACCUGCGUGUCCUGAGGCACGCGCCCGUUCUAGUCAGCGUGUUAGAAUGGUGAUGAGAGGUGACUAGUUCCUGUUUGAUGACAGGCAGUGAUGUGAUUGGUAGAUGUGUGAUUGAUGCAUGUUUCUCUUACCGUCUGUCCGUCAGACAUUAUUUGUGUCUGAAAUGGCACCCUAUUCCCUCUAUAGUGCACUACUUUUGACCAGAGUCCUAUGGCCCCUGUAGUAGUAGUAAUGCACUAGAGUCCUAUGGCCCCUGGUGGGCAAAAGCACUGCACUAGAGUCCUAUGGCCCCUGGUGGUCAAAAGUAGUGCACUAGAGUCCUAUGGCCCCUGGUGGUCAAGGGUGCCUUUUAGCAUGCUACCAUUGUUCAUCUACAUAAGAAAUGUGAUCCUAUAAGAUAUCUAUAACAACCGAUAGAAAACCUAUUGGACGCUAUGGGAAUGUGACCGAGCAUCUCAGAGACAAUCAAAAUCCAAUCCAAUGUUAUUUGUCACAUGCUUGGUAAACAACAGCUGUAGACUAACAGUGAAAUGCUUCCUGAUGGGCCCUUCACCAACAAUACAGAGAGAAACAUAGAAAACAUUAUAGAAAGAUAAUAUUAUAGAUAUAUAAAAAUGUUUUGUCUAGAUCAGGUAUGUUUGUCAUGUAGAACGGAGUCCUGUCAGCUCUACUCGUUACAUUUCUACCUGAAAUGUUGUUAACGUUUAACCUCGUCGAAUACACCCCUGCUCUUUACAUUUGUGUUAUAAGUCAUCCAUUUGCCUACUUUCCAAUGUCUGUCAUUUUUUCCACAUUGUCUAUUGAGGAUUACACUAUGACAUGUUGGGCUCGUCAGAUGUCAGAUUAAAAACAUGGUCUGUGAUAUAUGCAAGGGUAUUUAUUUUCUAACUUACGUCACACUGUAUGACUUCAUCGUUCGUCAAAUUCAAUAAAUGUUAAGGAUCAGA